GGAGCUCUUAAAUAAAAUUUCACUGAGCAUUUUUAAUAAAAAGGUGGCAAAUUAACGGAAUGAUACCACGCCCAAAACCUGGGGAAUCGGAGGAUGACUUAUUGAGGUUUCAACAGGAAUUCCUUGCCAAACAAGAAAAGAGUGCUGCUAGCCUUGUAAAGAAACCAGAUAAAAGAAAGACUUCCCAAGCAGCUGACUUUAGUGAAAAGGAUAUAGUUGAUAUCAAUGAACUUCCAUCCACUAAACCUGAAUUUGAUCAUGGAGGACCUAGGAUUCCUCACAAGAAGAGUAGGUUCUCAGCAUCAAGGGAUGGUACAGCAACCACUAAUGAAGGAGAGGAUCCAGAAGUUAGAAUUGACAAGCAUGACAAACACAUGGCAGCAGUGCUUACCAAAAUUGUGGAGAGGGAUACCAAGAACAUGCAGCCAUUCACCUCUGUGUUGGAGUGUUCCUCAGGAUUCCCUAAGGUUAUGCAUAGAGGAAAUUUGGAACAGAAAAAGAUAGAUGGUACAAAAAAACCAAGAAGUCUGUUUGCUCAACAAAUGUCCAAGAUGUCUCUUGGUGAAUUAGGAUUAGUGGUGAAAGAGAAACAAAUACAACCCCAUACAGCAGAGAGGAUUGCAAGCACACAUGUUCAGUCUUCAAAUAAAAGUGGUCCCCACAUCAUCAGAGGAACUGGACUGAGUGCCACCUUUGGUGAAGAAGAGGCUCAGAAAAUUCAUCAGGAAAACGUGAACAAAAUGGCCACCAUGACUUCAGAGGAAAUUCUGGAGGAGAAGAAUAAGCUCCUACAAAUGCUAGACCCUAAGCUGGUGAGUUUUCUGACGUCAAAGAGAAACAAACAGACCUCUGGGGAACAGACACACACUUCUGAUAAAGGUGAGACAAUGGAGACAACAGAUUCAGAACAGUUUGAGAAGAAACACAAUCCUAAGGAGACAGAAGAGUUGGAUUUACCCAUCAAACCUGACAGGAAAUGGAUACACAUGGAUAAAGUGGAGUAUGAUAAAUUGUCUUGGUUGAAGGAUCUUCCUCCACCCUCCACUGAUCAUAAUAAGACAGGAACAACUGCUCGGUUUGAUUUUGAAGGGAAUUUGGUGACUGUGGAUGAAGGCAUUGAUGUCAAGUUUGGCCUCCAUCACCAUGGAGAUGAACCAGAGAGGGCUGGUUACUCUCUGGAGGAGUUGUUUCUUUUAUGCAGAAGCACUAAUAUUCAGCAGAGAAUACUAUCACUCAAAACUCUAGGAAACAUUUUAGUUAAGACAAGAAAUGGUGACCUGGAGGAUCAAGUGAAUUCAGCCAUUUUGCCGACAGUCCUAAAUGCUGGAAUUCUCUUCCUAGUUCGCUGGGCAAUGGAUGACAGCGUAGAGGGAGUUGUCUUCAUGGCCAUCAAAACUCUGCACUCCAUCAUAAUGUCAGAAGCUGAUGAGGAGUCUUUAGAUAGAGUGUUGCCAUGGUUUCAAGGACAUGUGUCACCUUGCCUCAAGACCUCCAAAAUGUCAGCUGAAAUGACCUCCAGGGACCCCACCCUUGAGGAUGAGAAGCCAUUAGAGACAGAUGCUGACAUUCUGAAACGAGAUGUUAUCUAUUGUUUGGUGAUGAGAAUGAACCUCCUCCCACGUUUACACCAUAUUCUGUCCCACUCACACCCUCAAGCCCCCAGUGUCCUCCAGUGUUUGGAGAUUCUGAUAAGAAUAGUCAGGCACUCACCACAAAUGGCUUAUGAGGUGGAACGAUGUCAUGGACUGAUAGAACUAAUUGUUGAAGAAUUCUUGCCCACCAGUUGGAGAAUGUUAGAUGUGAAGGCCCCAUUGUCAGACCUGUAUGGUGUUCCUGUACCCAUUGCUAUGAAGCUAGUGCGAUGUUUGGCUCAGUCUGGCAGGAACUUAACUGCUACACUGCUCAAUAAAUACCAUAUAAAGGCUAGAUUUUUAAGAUAUAUAGUGGAGAAAAAUGCAGAUGAUUUGCUGAUCCCACAGAAGGAGGCAUUAAGGUUACAGAUUGAGAGCUAUAGGACAUGGAGGACCUGUCUCUGUUAUGGUCUGGCUUCAGAUCUCUUCACAGACAUUUUUCCUUGUAUACUCUCUCAGUUAGAAGUUCUUCAAAAGGAAUACCUAGAAAGUUGUCCCAUUAUGAAAAGCAUGAGAAUGACAGCAUUCAUUACAGUCCUAGAAUCAGUAGUGUUACUCGCCGCUCAAUGUGAUCAGAGGAAAUUUGGAUCAACUGCAAGCAAACUUCCAAGUGACCCGGAUCAGAAUUUGUUGCCUAGUGUCACAUGGAGCCAAAUCACUGAUGUUAGUCAGAUUGUCAUGGAUACUUGUCAAAAAUGCUUAAAAAACCUGGAAAAUACAUAUCAACAUAAGAAAUUCAACAUAGAUUUUGAGGUUUCUUGUCUGAACUUCAUGUCAUCAUAUAUCUCAUCCUGGUCCUCACAUAAAAGUUUUGAUCCAGUGACAGGACUUCAGUACAUAGAGAAAAUAUUUACUGAUGUGUUAGAACCACUUAUUAAAUCACUGGGAUUCCAGGCUGUGCUGUCAAGUUUAUGCCCUUGCUCAAGCCUCCUGAACCCAGAACAUCAGUUGAAAAUGGAAUAUGCUGACAAUUUGCCAGGGCUUGGCUUAAGAAUCAAUGAUGGCCACUUAAUAGAACCUUGUCUACAGGAAUAUUCACCUCUUGGUAUGGUGGCAGCAGUUCUUAGGAUGUUAUAUGUUACCGGCCAAGCUCACAAAGGUCUUCAAGCAAGGAUUGCUGACCUUAUUUCUGCAGAGGGAAACUUACUAACUUACCUAAGGAAAAUGGCAAAUUCUCCAACAUCUACAUCCUCUUUUCAUUUCAACAAGUAUGAAGACAUUGUGAUGUAUUUCUUCAUGAAACUAGUAUCCAGAAAUCCUGUUAGUCAGAGGACAGUCCCUCUUGUACAGAAUCUUAUGCUCAGGUCGAUAACACAGCUUCAACAUGGAGAUGAAUUCUUAGUUCAUGACCUUUUAUCAACAGUUAUGUUCUCCCCAAAUGUAUGGAAACAAGAUGAAGAUGAGAUGACAAGUUCCCUGGAGAAUCUCCAGCUGUCAGAUGCAGUACAUCUGUGUAGUGUCACCCAGGAACAAGUGUCUGUCAAUCAAACUCAACUGGUGGCUGCCACUCUGUCUGAACUGGUUCCUAUCAGGGCUGCUUAUCUUCAAGCUUUCUCCAGCCAACAAAAGAUGGCAAUUCAUUCCAGACACAGGUUCCUAAUGCAGGCAUUAGAAGUUCAGAAUCUUGUGUCCUCCACACCAGCAGAGACCCUGCUUCCAUUAGACUGGAUGUAUCUCCCUUUGAUAGAUCUCUACAACAGAUUUAGUUCAGUGGGGGCAGAUGUUCAGAAUGCCCUGUCUAAGACUGAGGUAUCCACGGUGACAUCUGUCCUAAGAUGGGUGUAUCUUCUAGAGAGGUCCCAGCCCCAGGUCACCGAGUCUGUGUCCGUCACUCUCAGAGUCUCCAGGGUCAUGUGUACGUUUUUGACAGGUAACAACUUAUUUAUGGAUAAGACUGUGUACUUGUACCUGGCUGCCUUGCUCAGGGAGUUCUCUACACCCCGCCUUUUAGGACAGUUCAAUUUUGAUGAGCAGAUUCCAGGGAUUGUUUCUUUUUAUGAUUUGUACUCUGCUCUUCUGCAGCAAUUUGAGGCCGUGUCAUUUGGAGACUCUCUCUUCUCCUGCUAUAUCCUCCUCCCCAUUCAACAAAAACACAGCCUCCAGCUUAGAAAGGCUUUAUGGAUGGAGCAUUCUGGGAUACUUCGCUAUAUGCACAUAUCUUUGAAAGAGAUCCCAAUUCCUCUAGAUAAUUUUUUGAAUCCUGAAGAGUCGGAUGUGGAGUUGAUCAGAUUGUAUUUCCAGAAUCUGUUGUCAAGGCGACUGCAAUUUCAUUGGUCACCUUUGCUGUAUUUAAUUGCCAUACACCAUGUGAACAGGUUCAUUUACAACCAGGAAAAGAAACACACUCAACUGAAACAUGGAAUGAUUCUGCAGACCUUUAAAUCUCCUCAUAAGGAGUUAUGCCAGCAUAUAUUGCACUACAAAAUGGCGGAUCUGGAAAAGGAUUUGGGGAUUGAACUAUAUACAGAACUUCCACAAAUUAGGAGAAGUCUUCUGAAACAAGUUCAGACUGAUUCUACAGAACUGUCUUCCUGAUGCAGCAGACAUUUUACUGUGUACAGUGCUUAAAAUGAAUCCUCCAUCCUGUUUUUUUGUAGAAAGUACUGCAUUCAUGUCGUUUUUUAAUUAUGUACAUGUAAUUUUUUCUUACAUGUAAAUCAUACAAUUAAUAACAGUUAUGUUAUAUUUCAAAUAAAGACUGCAAGA